GAGAACAUAAAAGCCAGCGAGCAAAUCAGGACCAUGUUAAGUGUGUUAAAUGACCGUGCCUGAGCGCUGAUUGACGAGCUGCGCACCUCGGGUUUGCGAUUCACCUGUUCUACUUCCGGAAGCGGUGACGAGGUUUUUCCACACGCAAGCGCUGACGGCAGAUCAAAGAUACCCGGUCGUGGUAGAAGCAAGGUCCCUGAAACGGAUCUUGUACUUUCUCUCGGUGUUUUUGACCGACCAAUCGGCUCUUUCAGGUAUGUCUCGCGAGUCGGGAAUCAUUCCAGAUGAAUUCAUGUUUAAUGAGUUCAAAAGGCAAUGCUUGUCCACGGAGAACUGGCUUAAUAAGUAUGAUAAAAAUGACAUGGGGGUCUGGGUCGAGGUGGCCCCUUUAUCUACUUCUACAAACAACAAAGGGAACUUCUCCAAAGUGCACAAAAUCAAGUGUAGGAUAAACAUAAAGGAUGUAUCGGCUGCCACCAUGUACGAUGUGCUUCUUGACAGCGUUUACCGGAAGACGUGGGACCCUACGAUGCUUGAGAGUUUUGACAUUGCUCGUCUGGCUCCUCAUGCUGAUGUGGGCUACUAUUCAUGGAUCUGCCCGAAGCCGUUGAAAAACAGAGAUGUGGUGACCCUGCGCUCAUGGCAGGCAUCAGAAAAUGAAUAUGUGAUCAUUAACUUCUCAGUGAAACAUCCGAAAUUUCCCCCACGGAAGGAUCUGGUAAGGGCCGUUUCCCUUUUGACGGGCUACCUGAUCAAACCAACGGGGGCUAACAGCUGCAUUUUCACAUACCUCUCACAAGCUGAUCCCAGAGGGUCUCUUCCAAAGUGGGUUGUUAACAAAGCCUCUCAGGUUCUGGCACCAAAAGUCUUAAGAAGCGUCCAUAAAGCCGGUCAGAACUACCCUCAGUGGAAAGCAACAAAUUCUCCAGAUCAUAAGCCGUGGCUGUAUCCCAUACAGAGUGAACUGCCCAUGAUGGAUCCAGCAGAGCUGUCCAUCCAGCGUGGAGACUCGCUCGAGAACGUGGAUGAGAGCUCGACCAGGGAUGCUCAAGAGAACGAGGACAGCAGCUAAACCAUCCAAACGUCUUAACUCUUUAACUCUGGUUCGUGUGACGGGGUCAGUCCAGUUACCUCUCACCCCGCUUAUAGCUUACUGAUAGUGACUGUCCUCUUUCCCACUCACAGAGUAAGUGUUUACAAUCACUGGUACACAGAUCUGCACAUUCGCAGAUCUUCCAUUACUCAUGUCUGAAUUUCUUUUACGGCAUUGCACGUGCUAUAGAGGUGCUUAUUUUGAACACACAAAAAGAAACUAUGCAAUUCUGCUUCUUAAUUUAAUUAAAAAAUCCUUUUAAAGGAGGUUCAUUAUCUUAAAUGAGACCUGUUUUGUUUCUUUAAUUUAUUACUAAAUGUUUUUUGUAAGGCUACGCCUACCGCGAUAUUGAAUAGGUUGUUUAUUCCUUUAUACAUUUAGUCAAACGUGUGUAAUCUUUGUUUCAAGUCAACAUGGUAGAGGAGAGAUUCUUCUCGUUCGUCAUCCUUUUGUGUUUGUGCAUUUAUGUCUUUGUGCCUUUUCAAAGAGGUGUGUCUGUAAUGGCAUGAGUGAAAAUGAGUGACACCAAGUAACCAUGGGAGAAAACCUACCUUAAAGGCCCUGUAAUAUGACCAAAGCAGUCCAAGACACAAUGUGGUAUUACCUCAAGGUUUAUUACUUGAAGUGGUAUUAGUUCAUUUGCCUGUAACAGGCAGAAGAAAACAGAAUGAAGAUGAAUGUAAUCAGAGGUUUUCUGUAUUCUGUUAUGUAUGUGCCCUUGAACUUGAAAGAAAAUGACAUUAGCAAUAACAGGAUACCAGUGGUUCAGUUUUUUUUUUUCUGAGGAAGGAUGGAUAUGUAAAUUUGUAGGUUUGAGAACUAAAAUUCUAUGUAUAUGAAGUCUGAACUCAAUGAAGGGUAAUAUGGUUUUAUACUUUAAAAUUUUAAAUAAAUUAUGUUUAAAAUUAAAUGAAAAAUCUUUUUUUUUUUUCUCCAGAUAAGAUACCACACCAUAAUAGUUUACAUGAUCAUGGUCGAAUAACCAGUAUUUGCAUAUAAACAAUUAUCUGUUCCACUGAGCUUUAAUAAUAUAUUUAAUUUUAUGUUGUUUUUUUGGUUAAAAAUUAAAGUAAUAUUUUGCCCCCAAAAAAUGUAUAUGCUGAAAAUGUACUGCCCAUCCAAGAAGUUUGUUUCCUCAUCAAAACAGAUUUGUUGGGAUUUUGAUAUGAGAGGACUAAAGACAAGGUGACGCACUAUUAGGGAUUUUGGACAUAUUUUGGUAACAAGCAACGAUUUUAAGUUGAAAUGCUUUAAUGAUGGAUUUGUGUUUAUAAGCUUUUCUCUUUACAAAACAUUAAUUGGUGGAGCGGAGCUGUGCGGGAUGUUUUUAUCAGUUGUUUGGACUCACAUUCUCACGGCACCCAUUGGCUUCAGAGGAUUCAUUGAUGAGUAAGAGAUGUAACUCAAACCUAACCAAAAUCUCUUCUGAAGAAACAAACUCAUCCAUGUAUUGGAUGGCUUGAGAUUGAGUAAAUAAAUUUUUAUUUUAUUUGGUGAA